AUGUUUUUGUUAUUAUUAAUUGCUCAAAUCAAAGCAAUAAUUCCAACCACAUAUUAAUAAGCUUUAGCAGCUAUACAAGACGAUCCAGAUCAUUUAUCUUUGAUGAUGUUUAUCAAACAAGACUCAGAAGAUUCAAACAAAGCCUUGUAGAUCUUAGAAUAGCAUUCCACUACUAUGUUGGAUAUAUUAAAUGUAAAUAUAUCAAUUUCAAUAGAUAAACAGAUCUAAGUAAUAGAUUGUGAUCAAAUUACUAAAGAAGAAUUAAAUCACUUACCUGCUUGUUAAUACAAGGAAAGUUUGCCUUUUGCUAUGUAUUUGAUACCACCUGCUAAUUCUGAUCCAACCAAAGGUCCUAUCUAACCGAUCUAAAAAUUAAUAACUAAUUUCUCAUUGUCAGCACUCAAGGAAGGAUUCUUAGAAAAUAGUCCCUAAUUUUGGGAAUUGAUUAAUGAUGAACAAUAAUAUGAACAAUUCUUAAGUGAUAAGAGAUUAAACAAAGUGCUAACUAGAAUAGCAACUAAACCUAUUUGGUGGUAUGGUAUUACUUAAAAGUUCAGAGAGAGAAUAGAUUUUGCUAUUGUAAAUCCCAGAUUGUUGAGUCAUGAUCUUGUGAUUCUGAAAUUAAUUAAUGGUUAGUAUGUUGAAUAAACUUACAAUGGUGCUAAAUAAUACGAAAGUUUAAGAGCGUAUUUAUCUGUCUUUGCAAGUUCCUAAAGAAUUAUUAAGAGUUUGGAUUCAUCUAGAAAUAUUAAUUCAACCUCAAUAACAAAUAUCACUUCUGUCUAAAAUAUCAAUUUUGAUAAUUAAUGGGUCUUACUUUCCAUCAAUAAUCAUUAAAGAUUGAAUAGUGUUAUAUAAGAUAUGAAGGGAAUUUUUAGUGUUUACAAUCUAAUUGAUAAUUCUAAUUCAAAGUAAUUGUUAAUUUAUCCUUUUUCAUCCAAAAAGAAUCCCAUGUAGGUAGGUAAUUAAAACACAUUACAAAUAUGUGAAGAAAUGAUUGACUUUUUGAAAUACAAUGUCAAUACUGAUUCCAUACAAUUGUUGUCUGAUAUUAAUUCAUUACUUACAACAAAACAAAUUGUGAAUGCUUGGUUUUUUAAUAAAAAUUAUAAUAAAUGCCAUUAAUUAUGGGCAUUGACAUUUGCUAAUAAAUAAGAAUACAAGAAAAUUUUCACAUUUCAUAUCAUCUAUGAUCCAGAUGAUUAAAUUAAAAAAUAAUUUAAUAUUCCUAAAAUACCUUUCAUAACAAGUUUAGAAAUCACUGAGGGCUAGAUUGCUUAAAUAGAUUAUACUGAAAGCUUCAAUUAUUAAAAUAUUGAAGAAUAUAUUGAUAAAUUAUACUAAAGAUAUUAAGUUAAGAAUAAGUAAAGUCAAUAAUACCCAUAAAAUAAUAAAGAGUUUGAAUUUCUUUGUACUCAAGAAUCAGUAAAAUGUAUCAUAACCAUAAUCGACAGGAAUAAUCAAGUUGAUGAAGAUGUCUUUAUUAAAUCCAUGAAGACCAUCAAUAAUAACAAAUAAAUCUGGAUUAUUCUAUAUGAAGAUUGUCAAUAACUGUUCAUUUAGAAAUAUAAAUUGUAAGUUCCAUCCUUGAUUUUAUAUGAUGCCAACAAUUAUAAAUAUCAAAUAAUGAAGGAAUAAUUUAAUUUUGUUAAUAUAGAUAAAUUCAUUAAAUCAAAGAAAAGGAAUUGGAAAGAGUUGGAUUAUCAAUUUUAAAUACAGAAAUGUUAAAUUAGAAAAGAUGAUUUAUGA